GUCCGGUCUUGGCGUGGCCAUAGUAGGAUUCGUAAUAUCGCGAGUGGGGGCGCCGUUAGCGCUGAGCGAACAGGUACAGUAGUGAGUUGUCGUCUGUGGAAAAAGAUGGAUAAAGCAAAAAAGCUGUCGGGGGCUAAAAAUAGAAAAAGAAAGAGGGAAUAGGAGAUAGCAUGUCAAUGGAUGCAACAUCAGUUAAAUACGUGGAUGGUGAAAGGCAACAGUGAAGCAGGGGAGACCAAACUCCACGAUUUCCUGCCUGAUAAAAAGCAACCUCUGGACCCUGAUACCACCGCUGAUGAGGCCCAUGACCAAACCAACACCGGCCCUGACAUUUGGAUGGAGGUGAGGAUGCUGCGGGACAUGGUGGUGGAGCAGAAGGUGGAGCUGAGGAACAUGGAAGCCAGGCUGAGGGAGACAGAGAUGCAGGCAGAUGAUCAGAAGUUGGAUCUCCUCCUAACUAAAACCAGCCUGGAGGAGCUGAAGAGAGAUCACACUACCACGGAGGAGAGACUGAGAGCCAGUCAGAAGCAAGUGGAAGAACUAAAGAAAGUAAACAUGGAGCAGUCGGAAGAGCUGUCAGAUCUCAGGGCAAGGCUUGAUGCCAGUGACAAGCGAGUGGAAGAAAUUAAAAAAGUAAAUGUGGAGCUGAGGGGUGAUCUUGAAAACCAGGCAGCUCAACUCUUGUCCAUAGAAGCCAGAGUGACAGUCGGUGACCGUGAGCUGCAGCUCCUAACACGCAGGAUGGAUGACUUGCAGGCUCAGAACACAGCUCAAGAAGUUGAGCUGGCCUCUGUAAUGGACAGGAUGAACACUACUGAGAGCAGCGUGGAUAGUCUCAUCAAAGAGAAUGCAAAGGUGGCAUUUUACACUGCUUUGACAGACUCAGGAGGUGUAGGGCCUUACAAUACUCCGACAGUCCUAAAGUUCAGCAAGGUCUUCACCAAUGUUGGUGGCGCCUAUAGUCCAACCACUGGCUUCUUCACUGCACCGCAGAAAGGAGUGUACUAUUUCAGAUUUACAAUAUGUGGUCAUACAGCAAAGGGCCUCAUGGGAGUGCAACUAUAUCAUAACGGGAGAUCCAUAAUCCAUAAUUUGGAGCACAAGGAUAAUUUGCAUUUUGAGUACCUGUCAAAUGCUGUUACUCUAGAGCUGAAUGUCGGUGAUGAGUUACAUUUGGUCCUCCCAGAGGAGAGUGCUAUCUUUGAUAAUGCAAACAAUCACAGCACAUUUAGUGGCUUCUUGCUUUUCAAAAUGUGAUGCCAAUCUAAUACCAUUUGGAACAACCCAGC